AUGGCCCCUCCAACGGCCGCAAAACGAUCGCAUGCUGCCAUCAGCAAAGGCGGCCAAAACAAAAUUGAAUCGCCACAACAAUGGACCGAACCUAUCAUGUCCAUCGAGGCUUUUGACUGUUCCAAGUACGACUAUAUGCCAGACGAGAGCGGCGGCUUUUGGCAGCUGCAACCAGAUUAUGCUACGGAGGAGCUACCUCGGACGAUACCUCGCAUCGCUACGAGCAUGUCACCCAAUCUCAAGACGCAGGACAUCGCAUUUCCUUGCCUCGUAGGGCCUUGCCAAGCACCGCCCUUUCAACGCGAAGCCGACCUUGAACGGCAUUACAAGCAAGUACAUGGCGACAAUCAGACUCAACCAUCACCAGCUCUGUCAUUGAAGGACAGCACACCCGCAACAAGUGUCAGCAACCCGAGUCCGAAGGUGACCACCAAGGGCAAACCCGCCGCCAAGGCAAAUUCCAAAGCAGCGGGCGGAGGAAACCGCAAUAACAGCGUCGCCGGCGCCAGCGGCAAGAAGGAUGACGACAUUUUCAGCUGCGACUAUCUAUCCUGUAACCGCAAAAACGAGCCCUUCAGUCGAAAAGACCGGCUGCGAAUCCACUACGUCGAUGUGCACAAGGAGGAUGUCAACAAGAAGGGCGGCGACAUCACGGAGGACUGGCUGCAGACGCGCAAGGCGUACCCGGCCUGGUGGCGCUGCACAAAGUGCCUAUCGAGAGUAAAGGUGGAGGACAACGGAUGGGAGUGUCCCAAGGACGGCACCAAGUGCGAGGACAAGCGCCGCGAGUUCCGCAAAAAGCUUCAGAACAUGUGA